AUGGCUACGGACGUUUUAAGUUGUGACACCUUAAAUGAGGUAAAUGACGGUUUUAUUGAGUUUACUUGCGACAAAAAUAAUGGUACGAAUCCCUUAGAUAAGGAAACAAACGCACCACCAGUCACGAAUGCCACUCAUGACGCUAGGAGACUGGAAACUCGACCAUGGAUGAACGAUCGGAAGGGGUAUUGUCAUGAUAAGAAUGUAUACGCGUGUCUUCAUGAAGAAAUAAUGGAUUUUGUGAAUUUUAUAAGUCCUACAAAGGAAGAACUGUGUAGUCGUGCAAAGCUGAUUGAAGAGAUGGAAGAGAUUGUCAAAGGAUUGUGGCCUGAAGCUACUGUUGCAACCUUUGGUUCACAUUAUACACAGAUGUUUUUACCUCAAAGUGAUAUUGAUAUGGUUCUUUUUGGAGUGCCAGAAGGUAAAGAACCAUUGUUUAAGCUUGCAGAGUGUCUGGAAGAAAAAGAAUUAGUGACGUAUCUUGAGGUGAUUGACAAAGCUCGGAUUCCAAUUGUUAAAAUAGUGCACAAGGCAAGUGAGAUUCACGUGGAUGUGUCAUUUAAUGUUGCUGGUGGACUGGCAACGGGUGACUUAGUCAAACAUUAUAUGCGUGUGUACCCGGCAUUCCGUCCACUGACACUCGUAAUCAAGUAUUUUAUGGCACAACGAGGAUUAAAUGAGACGUAUUCAGGUGGUGUAGGAUCUUUCUUGUUGCAGAUGAUGGUAGUCAGCUUCUUGCAGCAUCAUGGACGUGCAUUAGGUGCUCACCACGAAAACCCAAAGUAUAACAAUUUGGGACAAUUGUUGGUCGGAUUCUUUACGUUAUAUGGACGUGAUUUUAACUACACUGAGCUUGGUAUAUCUGUGCGGAAUGGCGGGUCAUACUUUUAUAAGGAGGACCGUUGUUGGUGUGAUGCUGGAAGACCUUUCCUUAUUGCCAUGGAAAAUCCGAACGAACCGAGCUUGGAUAUUGGCAAGAACUCGUAUGAGAUACGAACAGUCAAACGAUCUUUUGAUUAUGCUCGCCAGGUACUUCAGAACGAAAUCUACCGCCACGGUCACUUUCAUGAUAUACCUGGUAGCAUUUUGGGCACCAUUAUUCAAGCAGAUAGCAACUUGGUAAAGAGAGACCCACCCGAUAGUUUUGGGUACGAUGUGUUACACCACGAUCCUGAAAAGACGGCAGCGAUUCGCAAGCAGUACGAGAUGCGACGUGAUGAGCAAACAAACAAGAAGCGUGCGAUUGAAUUAGCAGCAGACAUCCGUCAAAAUGAUACAAGUGCGCCGCCCUACAAGCGUUGGAGAGGACGUUCAAGUCGAGCAUACUGA